AUGGCGACCAUAUCAGACGAGGACGACUACGUCCCGAGCGAAAUCAAUUUCGGCGCGUCCGAGCACGAAUCACAAGGACAAAACUCGGAUAUUGAACCCAGCCGGCAUGUCACAGAGAGGAGUCAGACGGGCGAAAGUGCAGAUGAACUGGACUCGGAAGACGGCGCAUCACCGUCGUCGUCGUCAUCGUCGAGAAGUAGGUCUCGUAAAAAGCGCAAGGCCCACCACCUCCCUCCCUACGCCGGCGCGCCCCUCAAACGCCAGCGCCGCCCCUUCAACCCAGACUACUUGAGCCUGCUCAACCAGGACAUUGCCGACGCCGCCCUCUCGCUGAUUGCCGACGACGCCGCGGCCGCGGACCUGCUGGAGCCGCCCACGCAGGUCGGCGCGGUGCGCUGGUCGCCCGUCGAAAAGGAGGCCUUUUUCUCGGCCCUCGGGCGGCUGGGCCGCGACGACCUGCCCGGCAUCGCGGCGCGCGUGGGGUCCAAGGGCCCGCUCGAGGUGCGCCAGUUCCUGCUUCUGCUCGAGGACCGGGCGAGGCAGCGCCGGGACGCGCGCAGUCGGCGGCGCAGGACGCUGCGGCUCGCAGAGGUACCGGCUGCCGCGGAGCUGAGCCACGAGUGCACCGCUGCCCUGGAGGAGGCCGCGGACGACCUUUCGCUGCGGCAGGAUAAUCACGAGGCCUCGACGGAAGAGAAGCGGUGGGGCGACCGGUGGCUCAUUACGCCCGAUGCGGCCGAGGAUGCGCCCGACGGCGGCGGCGGCAGCAUCAAGGACGAAGAUAUGCCGUUUCUCGAUUUCUUCAAGGCCAAGACCUGGCUCCGCUUGUCCGACCGCCUCUUUAUGAACUCGGCCAUCCCAGACUACAACUGGCGCUACGUCUCCGAGGAGCCCCCAGCCAUUCGGGCCACGGCAUUGGCCGACUUCCACUCGCUGGCCGUCAGCAUCACCAGGCGGCUGGUGGCGAGCACCCUCUUCAUGGCUGGCAUGCGCCUCAAGGCCCAGCGGCAGUAUUUCCCCCACGCCAGACCUCUGGUCAAGGAGAGGGACGUCAAGGCCGCCGUGGACUCGCUCAAUCUCAAGACGAAUAGUCACGACUUUUGGGCGGGGGCAGCCCGGAGACUUCGUAUCGAUGUCGUCAAUGACCAGGCGGAUUCGGCACCUGAAGAAGAGCCGGGAGACGAGGAGAGUGACGGAGACUACGUCAUGUCCUAUCACGACGUAGAGACGGCGCUUGAGUACUCCGUGCAAGACAAUAGUGCGGCGGCGGCCGGCGGACCCUCUAGCGGAGACAUAGAAACAGAAAUAGAGGACGAAGAAGACACGAUGGAUAUCUCAGACGCCUCUUCCUUGCCGGAAGAUGAAGAGAUGACCCAGGAAACCGGCGAUGAGGUAGACGAGCAAGAUGUCGCCCCAGACGUCGACGAGGACGCGGUCAAGCGCGACUUGCACGAGGCCAUCUCCUAUUCGGCCGACUACGGAUUCACCACCCGGGCUCGGCAAGGCCUGCAACAGCGCAUUGAGACGGAGCACAGGAUGGAGGCCGAGGCCGAGGAGCACGAUAUGCACAACAGCAGACGCGAGGAAGCUCAACUUCAAGCCAUGCUCAGGAGGGUCGAGAUACCCAGUGAUGCGCCGUCGAAUACAAAUCCGGCCAUGCGAAAUGCCCGGCACCGCGAGUUUGAGCCGGCUGGCACGGACUGGAGGGACAAUAUCCAGUAUGUGAGUGAGUGGGAAAUUCAGUGA